ACACACACACACACACGCCAGCCCGCCCGCACGCCAGCGGUGCUCUCCCUUCUGCUGGCGGGGCCUGGCUGCUAGCUCCCGCCCUCCAGCCGGUGCGCGCCCAGCUGUUUCUAUAGGAACCACGACAGCGCCCCGGCUCCUCCUGCAGAGGCCCCCGUGUGAGCAUGCCCAGUGGAUACCGCUAGUUUGGCUCGGGUCUGGGUUUCCAGUAAGUGGCAUGCGGGACUCUGAAGAGAUCCCAAUGAGCUAAACGGAGAGUCUUUGUGUGCAGAGGGAGGAGGAGGCGACGACCGCCUGGCCUGGAGACCCCGCCCGGGGAGCCCCCGGCAGGAACAAUGCUAGCCUGCCUGACCCGGGGGAACUUACUGGACGUCCUGCAGGAGGGCUUCAAUGAGAUGAUAACGAUAGUAAUUCUGGAGACCGGAGAGAAUCACUGACAAAACUCAAACAAUAAAAGAUAAGCAACAGCUACAGGCCUACGUGGCCUGGGUGAAUGCACAGCUGAAGAAGAGGCCAGCAGUGAAGCCUGUGCAGGACCUGCGACAGGAUCUUCGGGAUGGGGUGAUCCUGGCAUAUCUCAUCGAGAUUGUUGCAGGAGAAAAGCUGAGUGGGGUACAGCUGAGUCCUAAUAACCAACAGGAGAUGAAGAAUAAUGUGGAGAAGGUGCUACAGUUUGUGGCUUCUAAAAAGAUUCGUAUGCACCAGACUUCAGCUAAAGAUAUUGUGGAAGGAAAUCUGAAGUCUAUCAUGAGACUGGUCCUUGCCUUGGCAGCUCAUUUCAAACCCGGCUCUAGCAGGACAGUGAACCAAGGACGGAACUCCAGAGCUCCUGUGCAGAGUCACCAACCACACUGUGCCACUGCUGUGGCCCAGGGGGCAGCUGCUGCUCUGGCUGAUGUGUGUCAUGACAUGUCACAGUCAGGACGGGAUGUCUUUCGAUACAGACAGAGGAACAGCAGCAUGGAUGAGGAGAUUGAAAAUCCAUACUGGAGUGUGCGAGCUCUGGUGCAGCAGUACGAAGGGCAGCAAAGGUCCCCGUCCGAGUCCAGCUGCUCCAGCUACUACAACGCAUAUUACAUCUGUCUCUCAACUUGGGCCCAAAGUUGGUGGUGGUGCCUGACUUCACCUAGUCCUGUCCACAGUGCAAAGAGUGAAUCCAUUAUCACCCAGUCGGAGAAGGCAGAUUUCGCGAUUAUUCCCUCUGAAGGAAUAGAGAACAGAACAGAGGAGACAGACUCUCCACUAUCCCGAGACUGGCGACCAGGUAGCCCUGGAACCUACCUGGAGACUUCAUGGGAAGAACAGCUGUUGGAACAACAAGAACAUUUAGAAAAAGAAAUGGAGGAAGCCAAGAAAAUGAUAUCAGGAUUACAGGCCUUACUGCUCAAUGGAUCCUUACCUGAAGAUGAACAGGAGAGGCCCUUGGCCCUCUGUGAACCAGGAGCCAAUCCUGAUGAGCAAUUGAUUAUAAUCCAAAGUCGUCUGGAUCAGAGUAUGGAGGAGAAUCAGGACCUAAAGAAGGAGCUGCUGAAAUGUAAACAGGAAGCCAGAAACUUACAAGGAAUAAAGGAUGCCUUGCAGCAAAGGUUAACUCAGCAGGACACAUCUGUUCUUCAGCUCAAACAAGAACUACUGAGGGCAAAUAUGGACAAAGAUGAGCUGCACAACCAGAAUGUGGAUCUGCAGAGGAAGCUAGAUGAGAGGAACCGGCUCUUGGGAGAAUAUAAAAAAGACCUGGGGCAGAAGGAUCGCCUCCUUCAGCAGCACCAGGUCAGGUUGGAAGAAGCACUCCAAAAACUCUCUGAGGCCAGUUAUCAGCAGGUGGAUCUAGAGUGGAAGCUAGAACACAAAGAUGUCCUUUUGACUCACUGUAUGAAAAGAGAAGCGGAUGAGGUGACCAGCUACAACAGUCACAACUCUCAAAGCAAUGGUUUUCUCCCUCCAGUGGUAGGAAAAGGAGCUGCUUCAGUCACACACAGAGGGACCAGUGACCUGCAGCUUGUUCGAGAUGCCCUCCGCAGCCUGCGCAACAGCUUCAGUGGUCAUGACCCGCAGCACCAUACUAUCGACAGCUUGGAGCAGGGCAUCUCCAGCCUCAUGGAGCGCCUGCAUGUCAUGGAGACCCUGAAGAAACAAGAGAGAAGGGUUCGGGGCAAAUCACCCAGAACUCAAGCAGGUAGUGAAUACCGGGAGUCCUGGCCCCCUAAUUCAAAGUUGCCUCACUCGCAGAGCUCUCCAACUGUCGGCGGUGCCUGCACUAAAGUGCUCUAUUUCACUGACCGGUCACUUACGCCCUUCAUGGUCAAUAUACCAAAGAGGUUGGGGGAGGUGACACUGAAAGAUUUUAAAGCAGCUAUUGACCGGGAAGGGAAUCACAGAUAUCAUUUCAAAGCGCUGGAUCCUGAGUUUGGCACUGUCAAAGAGGAGGUUUUCCAUGAUGAUGAUGCCAUCCCUGGAUGGGAAGGGAAAAUUGUAGCCUGGGUGGAAGAAGACCAUGGAGAGAAUUAAUGCUGAGUAUUAGAUCAGGGCUUGUGGAACUUGGCACUACCUGGCUGCUUCACUCAGGAAAGAGGACUGAAACUAGAAUACACUAAGAAGUUUCUAGUUCAUGCUGCCAAAACAGAAGCUUCUCCAAGUGUGACAGUCACAAGCCUUUCCUGUUUCUGUGCCUAGCAUAUGUGGUACUUAAAAUCCCUGUUCAAAUGUAGACCAUGGGUUCAUCUGGAGUUCCUUGCCAGAACACAGUGUUUUAUUCUACUCGGAGGACAACAAACCGAAGGCCUUAACCAAUAGGGAUGGAUGAUCUUGCUCCUGUAGGGGUACGGCUGCCGUUAUCUGGAAUCUGGGAAUUGGAUGCAUCACUCCUAUGUGUUACGGUAUUAUUUUAAUUGGCCUCAAUGGUUACAGCAAUCAGAGUCCCAGCAUUUGUACUCACAGACAAGGCAAAGGUACCAGCUUUUUUGCUUCUUUGCAGCUAUUACACACCAAGAAUAACUCAUGGGGUGGUACCAAAGAUGAAAGCCACUCCUCAGGAAUCUUUUGGACUGGACAUGGAUGGUGCUGAACGUCGAUUGGAUGGAAAAAGGGCUGCCCAUAUUGUGCUACACUAUGUUAAAACCAUAACUAAGACUUUGGGCUGCCUCUUGGGUCUUAACCGAUUCUGCAACUUGUCCUUUGGCCCACAGAGGGCAUAUUUCAUGUACUGCUAGUUUUCUCUGGGGACUCUUCAACUUUAGAGCCAUUAUUUUUUUCCCUUCCAAUGGAUGAACUUUGUGUUUGAAAGGAAUAAGGAGUGAAAGUCUCCUUAAAAAUCCAGGCGGGUAUGGAAAGGUGCUGCUACCCAUAUUUUCUUGACUUUCUUUCUCUCAUGACUUUCUUUAGCUCAUGGCAUCAUCACUUUGGCAGUCAAAAAGAGACAGACCAUUAUUACCUUCAGUAUUUGUGAUUUACAAGUACUGAGCAUGAGUUACUGGUCUGCCCGUCUUCAUUUCAAGGCCAGAGUUAUUUUCUAUUAUAUAUUUAGUCUAGAUCGAUCCUUUAGGGCACAAUAGAAACAAUGAGACAUGGAACAUGAGUUGUAAAUGGCAGGGUUGAUUCUGGGUGAAAAAACCCAGAAUUGUUUCUCAUGUGCAACAUUGUCAAGUGUAGAAGCUAAAAGAAAAUAGUUAAAUUUCUAGAGAUUACCUAAUGACUUGGGUUUUCUCAUUUAGCAAACAUGAUAAAUCAAUCAGCCAUUUUAUAGAGAGAUUUUUUUGCCCCCCAAAAGCAGUCUGCCUGUGACCAACAAUGUACACUGCCAACCAAAAAGAGUCGGACAGAUCAAUUCAGGGUUCUUGACCUGUCUGUCUCUAAUUUAUCUCCCCUUUCCAGCCAUUUCAACAGACUACUCAUUGGAGCUCUGAGAUGACAUUUUCUUGUUUUAUAUAGAUGUCUUUUUAAAAUUGUUCAUGUUUGGAGAAUUAUUUUGUACUCAUUUACUUUUUUGUCUGAGAACCAUGUCUAUUUUUAUAACCUGAGUGUGAGUUCUGUAUAGUCUCACAUUCUGUGUACUGUAUCCAUUUUCUAGAGAACCCAGAAGCUUUUAUAUGGGCUCUUCUCUUAUCAGCCCUUGUGGUUUCAAAAUAAGCUUUAUUUUAUUACAAACAUACUAAUGAUAACUUGUGUUCCAAUUCUACCUGCCACUUUAGUUGUGGAGGUAGUUUUACAUAAUCUGAUUGCUCCUUUAGCAAAAAGAAGGAGCUCAAAAGACACCUGAUGUCUUUCAUGUAAGUUUACCUGGUCAUUUUCCUAUUGAAUGAUUUCUCAUCAGAAAUGACUGCAGAAGUUUGGGAAGAAAGCAAGAAUAAUUCAUUAUGAAAGCAAACAGGAAAAAACAGUAUAUUCUCAGUUUCUUUUUCCCAGAAAGUCUGGAGAAAAAGUACUCAUGUCACCAAUUUCUCUGUUGCAUGACUUUUAGUGUUUUGCUAUAAGACAGCAUGAGGGUUAUCAGGCCAAAAUUUGUUAUUGUAUUUCCAGUACAGUUUAUCUUGAGUGUCUGUAUCUUAAAUCAGUUUUUACUUGUCAGUUUUCUUUCUGCAAACAUUCUUACCAUUAUGUAGAAUUUACCUUUUCAGAGAGAAUUAAAUCAGAGAAAAUUUUCAAAGUCCUCUACCUUAUCUUUUUCUCUCUAUGACCUUUGGAAAAGGAGCUGUAUGGCCCUAGUGCCUCCAUAGAAGGCUGAAGUUGAGUUCAGGGGAGAAAAUGAGAUAAUUUUCCUCCUUUAGCUCAUUAAUCUCAUAUGCCACAGGUAUUAAGCACCCCCACUGCAAGAUGACAUGCCAGUAAUUCUUGUGUAAUAAGUGUUGGUAAUUCUUAUUCCAGUUUAUAAAGACAGAGGAACUUUUAAGGAGUGUGCAUUGAUUCACUCUGGCUUGGAUAGUCUCCUAUUGGAUAUAAUGUAGCUGCACUCUAGGUGGCCUCUUGACAUAUACAGAGUAUUUAUUGUUCCCUAGUAGCAUUCAUGUGGGAUAGUCCAUCCUGCUACUGCUGAACUUCUCUUUCUUUGAGAAAACUAAGAAACCAGAAUGUUUAGAUUUCAUAAAAUAAUCUCUAAACCCUGUUAAAUUAUAAAAAAAGAAAUGACCCUCUUGUAAAAACUAGUUUAGCAGAAAGCUCAAUAGCUUAAAAAGUCUUCAUUUAAAAAUGGAAGACUGUUCUCACUCAGUUCUCUAAAUUAAAGAAUUAAGGUUAAACUUACUUGGAAAUGGCGAUCCUACUUACUGACCAACUUUUCAACUCUUUUUAACCAGGAUGGUCAUAAAUUAAGGGAAAAUGUCUUUAUGCUCUACAUCCAAUCCAAGAGGAGUACUUAAAAGCAUUUAGGUUAUAAUUAUAAUUUUCAUUUUUCAUAAAGCAUUAUGAUUGCACACUCGUCUGAAUUUAUGUAAGAGGUAUAGCUUGCUUAAAAUAUAUAUGUAAAGUUAUAUUUUCUCAGAAACAUGGAUGUUUGCAACCAUCACUUUCAAAGAGAUUAUUGUGUAUUCACCUGUUUUACAAUGUUUUCAUGAAGGCUGUUAUACCAGAGGCUUCUGAUUAUCAAAGUGAUAACCAGUUUUAAUUGCCUGUAUAUACCAGAUUUGUGAAUUGAAAAAAAAAAAAAAACCAAACUGAAUAAAAUGGAGUUUGCAAACUAAA